UAGCGGGUUGCCUGUGUAAUUACGCACGGCAUGACGGGACGGAUCGACGUAAACAGACGGUUCCAUGACAACAAAAGACAGAAAUGGCGGGUUGUAGCACAUAGUAAACUUCCUCGCCUGGUUUCUUUAUUUUACUCUACAGAACUACAAGAAAACAACCUGGAAUACAGCGGAAACAUGCUGUCAAGUCUUGAUGCCGUCCAUAUCUCGGCAAUCUUGGAAGAUUGCGCCGACCAACUAGCUAUUCUUGGUCAUAUCAUGCCAUCGACUCUCGAAGGCCGCACGGAUGCGCCACAGAUUGUUGAUGAUGAGCUUGGACAGAUUUUGCAAGACCAGAGAGAUCUUGAAAGUCGUUAUGAAUCUCUUCUAAGUCAGAGAGAGGACAUCAAGAUGCGAUUUACAAAUAACUCCUCCAAGGUGAUGGAGAGUGAUGCCAUGGUUACAUCCACUGCACGCACUCUACGAGAUGGGGCGCAAGCGUUAAACAGAAGUUUCAAGCAAAAUCCUUUAACAAGUGAUAAUCUGGCAAAGAUUCAGUCAGACAGGAAAUUUCUACAAGAUGUUGUAGAAACGGCCCUAGGAGAGAUAGUAGACCAUCGCUCAUUCAACUCCCUGAUGAAUGCUGUCAACACCGAGAAAGAGAAAAAGGCUGCUCUUCAGCAGACGAUCCUGAAGGAGGAAGAAAGUAGAAGACUGGUGAAGAGCCUGCAGCGCCAGCUGGUGGAGGUCAAAAGAGAAAAAGAGAGUGAAAUCCAGCAAAGAAAUGAGAUGAUUGCCCACCUGAAGGAUCAACUGCAAGAAAUGAAGGCUAAGACAAGUAUGGAGGGCAAAUACAUCAAGAAGGAUGCUGAGGUCCGUGUGAGCUGUACACAGAAGAAGUGUCAACAAACGGAAAACUCAAUGAAGGAGGAACUUGAGAGACUGAAGUUUAAGAUUGACGAAGAGGAACGUGUUAACAAUGAGAUUGAGGCAUACCUCAAACAGCACCAUCAGAUACUGGAAGAAAAAGUCGAGUAUUGGAUGGAGAAAUACGACAGAGAUGUGGAGCAGAAACAACACGAGCUGGACGUGCUUAAGGCAUCUAAAGCGAAUGACCUCGCAAGACUUCAGGAACUCACUCAGAAGUAUACCGAGUAUGAGAAAGUGGUGAUAGAGGACCGCGUCGAGAAAGAGAAGGCUCGGCGCCAGGCUGAACAGGAAGCUGAGGAACUUAAAGCCAUCAUCCGGCUGCAGUCUUGGUGGCGUGGCGUGAUGGUUCGUCGACAGCUUGGCCCUUAUAGCAAAAAGAAGAAGAAGAAGGGGAAGAAGGGGAAAAAGUCAGGGAAAAAAGGAAAGAAGGGAAAAAAGAAAUAGACGAAUAGAUACCAACUUCAUCUGAUCUUAUUGUACCCAUCAUGUUUUUUUGUGUAAAAUAAAGUUACUUACCCAUU